AUUAAUGCAUAUAAAGACUAGAGAGUAAAGCAAAAUAUUCAAACAAAUUGUAUCAGUCACAGCCAAUUCUAUAGAUUUUUCAUUGAAAAAUGGGAGAAGUGAAGUUGAUAGGGUCAUCAGGAAGCUUAUUUUGCACCAGAGUAGAAUGGGCUUUGAAGCUCAAGGGAGUUGACUAUGAAUAUAUACAAGAAGAUUUAUUGAACAAGAGUGAGUUGCUCAUCAAGUCCAAUCCUGUUCAUAAGAAGAUCCCUGUCCUACUACACGAUGACAAACCCGUCGUUGAAUCACUAGUUAUCCUUGAAUAUAUUGAUGAAACAUGGAAAGGAUACUCUUUGUUGCCUCAGGAUCCUCAUGAACGAGCUACAGCUCGUUUCUGGGCAAAAUUUGUUGAUGACAAGUGUGUCAUAGGAUCAUGGCAAGCUAUGGCAAUGCAAGAUGAAGGAGAGGCAAAAGCAAAAGCUAUAGAGUCAGUACAAGAAUUGUAUGCAUUUAUCGAGAAGCAGAUUGAAGGCAAGAAGUUUUUUGGUGGGGAGCAGAUAGGCUACCUGGAUCUAGUGAUGGGUUGGAAAACUCUUUGGCUCAGUGCCAUGGAGGAAGUAGGAAAUGUGAAGCUACUUGAUCCAGAGAAGUUCCCUUCACUCCAUCAAUGGGCUGAAAACUUCAAAGAGAUUCCUAUUAUACACGAAAGCAUGCCACAACAAGAAACCCUAGUCAACUACUUUCAAGGUGGUCUAAACUACUUGCGUUCCCUAGAAACAAACAAACCAUAAGUCUCCUUUUAUGAUUGUUAAAGUGUUGUGGUGAUGUCCUAUUCAUUCUGCGUGCAACUCCUAUGUUAUGUGUCUGUUGCUAAGCCUUCUUUUCUCAGGUUUGUAAGGAUAAUUGAUCUUUAUUCUGGCAGUUUUAUAUUGAAGUUGCUGUUA